UCUCCUGUGUCAGUCAUGGCUUCCUCCAGCAGUGUCCUGAGUGAAGAUCAGCUCCAGUGCUCCAUCUGUCUGGAUGUGUUCACUGAUCCAGUCUCUACUCCAUGUGGACACAACUACUGUAUGAUCUGUCUCAAAGAGUUCUGGGACAGCAGUUCACACUGUCAGUGUCCAGUGUGUAAAACAUCUUUUGCUAAAAGACCAGAGUUAUGUGUGAAUACGUUCAUCUCUGGACUCGCUGCUCCAUUUAAGAAGUCAGUUCAGGUGAAAUCCAGCAGUGCUGCAGAAAAACCCACCCAAUCUCUGGUGCUCUGUGAGAUCUGCUGUGAAAAGAAAUGUGCAGCUGUGAAGUCCUGCCUGACCUGUAUGAUCUCUUACUGCAAGACUCACCUGGAACCCCAUGAGAGAGUGUCUUCAUUAAAAAAACACAAACUGAUGGAUCCUAUGGAGAACCUGGAGAACUGCAUCUGCCAGAAACAUGAGAGACCCCUAGAGCUGUUCUGUAGAGACGACCAGACGUGUGUGUGUCAGUUCUGUACUGAAGGAGACCACAGAACUCACAACACUGUUCCUUUAGAGGAGGAGAUUAAAGAGAAGAAGACUGAGAUAGAAAAGACACGAGCAGAAGUUCAGCAGAUGAUCCAGGAGCGACUGAAGAAGAUUGAGGAAAUCAAACACUCUGUCGAACUCAAUAAUAAAACCACAGAGAAGGAGAAAGCAGAUGUUGUGGAGAUCGUCAGUGCUCUGAUGAGCUGCAUUGAGAGAAGCCAGGCUGAGCUGCUUAAGGUGAUGGAGGAGAAGCAGAAAGCAGCAGAGAGGCAGGCUGAAGAGUUCAUUAAAGAUCUGGAGCAGGAAAUCACUGAGCUAAAGAGGAGAAACACUGAGCUGGAGCAGCUCUCACACACUGAGGAUCACCUCCACCUCCUACAGAUUUACCCGUCACUGUGCAGCCCUCCACACACCCAGGACUGGACUGAUGUCACUAUUAACUCUCGUCUGAGUGUGGAGACUGUGAGGAGAGCUCUGUCUCAGAUUCAGGAGACUCUCAGUGAGGAAAUGGAGAAGCUUGAUGAGACUGAGCUGAAGAGAAUUAAACUAUAUGCAGUGGAUGUGACUCUGGAUCCUGAUACAGCGAAUCCUUAUCUCAUUCUGUCUGAUGAUGGGAAACAAGUUACACAUGGAGACACAGAACAGAAUCUCCCAGAUAACCCAAAGAGGUUUGAGUAUUAUGCUGAUGUCCUGGGAAAGAAGGGAUUCUCCUCAGGGAGAUUUUACUAUGAGGUCCAGGUCAAAGGGAGUACCGAGUGGGAGUUAGGAGUGGCCAGAGAGUCAAUUAAGAGGAAAGCGGAGAUUACAGCCAGUUCUGAAGAUGGAGUCUGGUGUGUGUGGCUGAGGAAUAAGACUGACUAUGAGGCUCCUUUUGUCUCCCUCUCUUUAAAACAGGCUCCUCAGAAGGUGGGGGUGUUUGUGGAUUAUGAGGAGGGUCUGAUCUCCUUCUAUGAUGUUGAUGCAAAAUCUCAUAUCUACUCUUUCACUGGUCAGACUUUAACUGAAAAACUUUAUCCAUUCUUCAGCCCCUGUUCUAAUGAUGGAGGUAAAAAUUCAGCACCACUGAUUAUCUGUCCUGUUAGUCAAAUAUAAUAUAAAUUUUUGAAUUUGAAUUUCAUUUUCUUUAAAUCAUUUCAGCAUUGUGUAAAGUUGG